GGCUGGACAGUAGCGUCGGCUCGUCCUCCCAUCAGGCAGCCACGCCCGACGCCGCCUUCCCCCAGUUCCCCGCCGAUCUGCACGGUCGCCGCUGCCUUCUCCCUACGCCGGACCCGUGGCCGCCGCCCCCUCCUCCGUCAGCGCCCCCCCCCGGCCGCCGCCGCCUCCCCCUGCAGCCGCGGCCAGGCUGCGUCCUCAGGCCCGGCGGCAGGUCGACGCGGCCACCCCCCUGCAGCCGCGCUAUCCCCGGCCGCCGUGGCCAGCUCGCCGCCUCGGGGCGGCGCCGGCAAUUCUCCUCCCCCUGGGCCCCGUCAGCGGCAGUACCCGGCCGUCGUGCUGCCAGCUCUCCUCCCCCGAUAACGGUCGGGUUACCCGCUCCAGCCUACCCACCCCCGUCGAGCAUUUCGUCGAACACUUGCCGUGAUGCCACCGCCUCUCCUCCUCCCAGCGCCACGCUGCCCUAGCCCUGCCGCUGCGCUGGCGGCGUCCCGUUUCUCCACGGCCGCAUCCUCCGGAGGAGGUGGCGGCAGCGGGCGCCCGACGAGGCCGCCCCCGCCGCAGCGGCAGCGCGGCAAGCCCGGGUUCUCGCGGCAGUCGGCCAUCAAGAAGAGCUUCCAGCAAGAGCAGGUGGUGUUCUCCACGUCGGUUCCCCCUGACCCCACCGUCGCCGUCAUCGGCGGCGGGGCCUCCGGCCUCGCCUGCGCCUCCUCCCUCGCCGCCCGUGGUGUCCGCACCGUCGUCUUCGACACGGGGAUGCACGGGCUAGGAGGGAGGAUGGCGACGAGAGCGGUCGCCGCCGGCGACGCGCAGCAGCAGCAGGAACUGGUGUUCGACCACGCGGCGCAGUUCUUCACCGUGAGCGACGAGAGGUUCCAGAGGCUGGUCGACGAGUGGAUUGGCAAGGGCUUGGUCCGUGAGUGGAGAGGCUUGAUCGGUGAGCUCGACGCCGGUGGCCAUUUUAGGCCUAUACCUUCCUCGACACCACGGUACAUCGGCGUGAACGGGAUGCGGCCGCUUGCAGAUGCGAUUCUGCCUAAGAGUGACCUGGUUGAGGUCGUGCGGCGUUGUUGGAUAAGCAAGCUUGAGCCGUUCAAUGGCAUGUGGCGCUUGUUUGAGAAUGAAAAGCCUCAUGGUCAAUAUGAUGCAAUUGUGAUAGCACAUAAUGGGAAAUGUGCCAAUCGUCUGCUCUCUACAUCAGGUCUACCACUACUGACAAGACAAAUGAAGAGAUUACAGUUGAGUUCUGUCUGGGCACUCCUUGCGGCAUUUGAAGAUCCUCUCCCGAUUCCACAAAGUGAUCCCUAUGGAACAUUCGAAGGAUCAUUUGUGAAAGAUGUCGAUUCUCUCUCUUGGAUGGCUAACAACAGUCAGAAACUUUUCCCUUUGCAAACCGGCAGACCUGAGUGCUGGACAUUUUUCAGCACUGCUGCUUAUGGAAAAAGGAACAAAGUUCCACAGGAAAACAUUCCAAAGGUCACGUCAGAAAAGGUUAAGGAAGACAUGCUUCAAGGUGUAGAACUUGCUUUAGGACUAUCAAGAGGAUCUCUUCAGCAACCAUUUUACACAAGAGUACAAUUGUGGGGUGCAGCUUUACCAAUGAACACUCCAGGAGUCCCAUGCAUAUUUGAUCCCCAAGGGCGAGCAGGCAUCUGCGGUGACUGGCUUACAGGUUCAAGUAUAGAAGCUGCAGCGCUGAGCGGAAUGUCUCUUGCAAACCAUAUCGCCGAUUACUUUGCAAGCAGCGGUGAACGACCUGAGGAGUUUGCAAUGGGUUUGCAUGAGAACUUGAACCAGGUUGAAGGUCAUGAUAUUGGUCAGUUCCCAGGUUUAGAGACUCAGAAACUGCAGGUAGCGGAAGCUCAGCUACAACCGAGUACAUGAACUUUUUGAUUUGAUGAUUGUGUACCGAUCAUUUCUGUAGCAUGUAAAAUUGUGAGCUGAUUCUUUUGUGGCACAGAACGCGUAUGUUGUAACCGGCACAAAUGUACAUCCACCAUGUAUCUGCUAGAAUUUUUUUAAAGCUCUUAGAAUUUUUCAUCUA